GGUCGAAAUCGUAUCAGGGAUCGAUCCUACUUCGGCAGCUCGCUAUGGGACUUGAUCGUCAGGAGGAGCUCAGUGCUUACCACUUUGAUGAUCCUCCAGUCCAUGAGCUCCGUGGUGCUCUCGCACUACGAGCAGCUGAUCCAGGAGAACGUCUUCCUCGCGCUGUUCCUCACGAUGCUCAUAGGGACCGGAGGGAACGCGGGGAACCAGAGCUCGUCCUUGGUAAUCCGAGGGAUGAGCACCGGGGAGAUCAACACCAAGAACAUGCUCAAGGUGUUGCUGAGGGAGGUGCUGGCAUCCAGCGCCAUCGGGUUGAUCCUGGCGGCCGCUGCCUUCGUCAGGGUGAUGAUUACUCACGGGUCCAACAUCACCGCAGCCUUCAUCGUGUCCGCUGCCACCUUCUUGACCAUCGUCGGGGCGAUCGCUGGGGGGACAGUCGUUCCUCUCGCGCUGGAGAGGGCUGGUCUGGACCCGUGCCACAUCAGCUCGCCGAUGCUGGCGACUCUGACUGACAUCAUGGGGGUUUUGAUCCUUUGCAUGAUCUCGUCGGCAAUCCUUGGCAAAGUGGGUUGA